AAAAAAGGAAUGCUAUUUUGGCUCUGAGAACUCCUCGGUCCAGAGGAAGACAUUUCAGAGUGACUUCUGACUUGAGCCUGCGGUGUGCUGUGAGAAAUUCACCACCAGGGCUGUUGAUCUACUGGUGAUAAAAUCUGUCGUGCUACUGAAGACGGCUCUGAGAUCCCAGGUGCAUACUCUGAACUCCCGCUGCCAGGAUGGGCAAACAGAACAGCAAGCUGCGCCCGGAGGUCAUGCAGGACUUGCUGGAGAGCACGGACUUCACGGAGCACGAGAUCCAGGAAUGGUACAAAGGCUUCUUGAGAGACUGCCCCAGCGGACAUUUGUCCAUGGAGGAGUUUAAGAAAAUAUACGGGAACUUUUUCCCUUACGGGGAUGCUUCCAAAUUCGCAGAGCAUGUCUUCCGCACCUUCGACGCGAAUGGCGAUGGGACAAUAGACUUUAGAGAAUUCAUCAUCGCCCUGAGCGUGACUUCGAGGGGGAAGCUGGAGCAGAAGCUGAAAUGGGCCUUCAGCAUGUACGACCUGGACGGAAACGGCUACAUCAGCAAGGCGGAGAUGCUAGAAAUUGUGCAGGCAAUCUAUAAAAUGGUUUCCUCCGUAAUGAAAAUGCCCGAAGACGAGUCAACCCCAGAGAAAAGGACAGAGAAGAUCUUCCGCCAGAUGGACACCAACAGAGACGGAAAACUCUCGCUGGAAGAGUUCAUCCGAGGGGCCAAAAGCGACCCGUCCAUAGUGCGCCUGCUGCAGUGCGACCCGAGCAGCGCCGGCCAGUUCUGAGCCCCACACCCACCGACCCAAGUGUAGAGCUGCUUGUGUUCCCUUCCGAUUCUCCUUUUUAAUAAUUGUUUGCCAAACAAUAUUGAUGGUGAUGCUGUCCCCUGUGCGGUCAGAUGCGCUUUCCUCCGUGACGCCUUCAGCUUCUUUUGUCGUGGACGCUUCGUGGGAAUGCCCAGAGCCCCAGCGUGCUUGUGGGGAGCAUGGACAGACUUCGUGGUGUUUGUUGUUUGAGGAUUUUUAAUUGUUACUAUUAUUAUUUUCUUUUGAUUCUAAUGUCUAUCUUCUAAAACCUAAGACUCGGGGUGGGGGCGGCAAGAGAAGGGAAACCCAUCCAGCCCAGUGACUCCUCUGUAAGUUUGAGGGGCUUUUGUCUGAAAGACAGAACUCCCUGCCUGGGCCUGCUGUCGCACACGCGUGGGGGUGGGGGGAGGCACCAGAGGCUGCAUUCCCCAAGAGCAAGUCACCCUCUGGGGCGAGGCUAUUAGCAGGAGCUGGGACGUUCCCCCAUGGGCCCACUCCACCCUCCUCCCCAGCAGGCUGUAGUUUCUAAGCUGUGAACAUUUCAAGGUAAAUGAGUAGAGGAGAGGAAAACGGUGGCUCAGCUAUUUUUUCACAGGUUUACACUAGUUGAGCUAAUGUGAGUGUCUUUGGAAAUUACAUACAAAUGGUAACAUAUUCCAAAACCAGGCCCAUCUUGUUGCCUAUUGUGAUUUAAAAAAAAAAAAAAAGAAAGACUGCUGUAUAUAAAAUAUUGGGUAUUGCAGACCAAAUUGUUUUGCCUUGUUUAAAUGAAAUGCAUGUUUAGUGAGCACUAAUACAAUCUUAUUCCAGAGACUGUUUUUAGUAGCUUAUUGUGAAGUAAGCCAACUACAAUGAAUGUCUAUGUCUUGUUUUAAAGUCAUAUCUGCCUUUGCACAAAUGUACCAAUCAACAAGUAUAUUUUAUAUAUUCCAUAAAAGUACAAAAGUAACCCUGCCUAGGGCCCGACGUUAAUUUUGAGUGCCCUUCCGGAGUCGCAGUGCUGGGAGGGCAGGCGACAAGCAGUGUGGCCAGGACUUGUGCAAGUGGAGCGCCAGGAGGUUGGCCUGGAUGGGAGGGGUGAGGCAGGGGGUUCGCCCACCUGACCCAGCAGCCCGAUGACAACAUCAGAUUGGAGGCCUGGUGCUUUUCUGAGCAGGUGGAUACCGUAGGGACUUGAAAAAUAUAGUGUCGAUUCUUGGGAAUUCCCAAUGGUUUAGUCCAUGUGUAUGGUUAGGGAGCCGUGUCUGGAACAUUCGCUUUGACACGCCCCCAGUGGCCCUUCAGAGAGUCAGAGGUUGGGUUGAUCUAAUUCAUCGUAAAGGAGACAUGGACUAGUGGGUCUGUGGUUUCCAGGGCCCACUAUGGAGAACCCUAGAUUUCUGUUUCCAGAAGUGACAGCACACACUUGAGCUGCUGUUUGGUCUGGCGACCUCAUAUACAUGGAUUUGAGUUGCAGGCUAAGAGUAAAACUUGCUGGUCACGGGCAAGUCACACUCUCACCAGCAGUUGGUAUGAGGAGGCCCGGACGCUCAAGGAUGUUGAUGGGGAACCUGCCCCGAGGGAAGGCAGAGAGGUCCCAAGUGGGCCUGUCUGCUGCCAAGCCACCUGCUGUAGAACAGGAACAGAAAGGUAAACAUCAUAACUGUGAGGGAAAUGUUGCCGCGUCCAUUCUAACCUCCAGGUUCCUGUAUAUGACUGCAGUCUGUUCUAUCUGGUAGCAAAAAUCCAAAUUUGUAGAGUGGACCAAAAUGAACCAAAUUUGUAGGAAGACAUUCUGAGACCUGGACUUGGUAACAUAAUCUCAGUCUUCCCCUGAGUGUCAGUUCCUCAUAGUGAGUGGUUCCAAGACUUGCCAAACUCCUCCACAGGCUGAGUGGUAAAAUGUUUUUGAAAAAUAGAGAAUUAACCUACGUCAUGAAAUACAGAGGGGGUGAGGGGGCCCAGCACACCCUAUUGGUGUCUUCAGGAGUCGCAGCCACUUUCUCCUGCUCUGCAUUGAAGUCCUCACUCCUCCCUUUAGUUCUCCUUUGAUGGAUACAAUCAGCUAAUGACCAGGAAACCUGCCUGGGUCCCGCCCUUGGUCAUGACGUCUUGUUGAGCUAGACCCACUCCGUUCCCUAGAACCUAGAGCUGGGGUGAGGCAGAGAAGGUCUCCAGCUGUUCAGGAAAGAAAGCAGAGCCAGACGCUUGGCCACUGCACGCCGACGCUCCCAGAAUGUACGCAAGCAGCCCUCGUCCUGGCCUGCGGCUGACCCUGCCUGUGUCUUCUCGAGGACUGGUUUUCUCCUUCUCCUUCCCAGGAAGGCCCUUGUACGUCUAAUCCAAUGCACUCGUCUGGCCCAGGGACUCCACGACACCCAGAGGCGGAAUGCCUAAAAGUUUGGGUCACUCCUGUGCUGAGCUGCUCGUUGUCAUUUCUGUGUUCAGGGACCCCUGGAAAUGGUCUGUUCUGACCCAAAUAAAGCCAGCCUGUGAUGUCCAAGGGACUGGAAUAAAGUGGCUUACGACCUGAA